CAAGUACUCUGCAUUUCGUAAACUCAAGCACAUGCGGAGUAUAAGUCGGCAUUUGUGUAUGAUAAUUUGACGGAUAACAACUGUUUUGUGAUGGAGAACGACAUUCUAGAUUCUCUUGAAGAUCUAGGUUUCUCCGGGACUCUUCUGGAUGAGGCUGUACUUUCGUCAUCAGUUGAUCCCAGCAACAAGUCCUUGGAAUACACUCAGCUUGUUGAGUGGCUCACCAGACAACUUAAACAGUUCUGUGGCUUAGAGGAGCAUGUCAAUGCCAUCACAAAUACCGGUGACUGGUGUAACUUUGAACUUGAGUUAAGUGGCUUCCUCCGAGAAUAUGGCUGUCCGUAUCCUUCACUCAGUGAUGGCCCUAUCAAUCAACGGCUUACCACCAGAAUGAACAAGCUACAACUCCUGGAUUAUCUGUGCACAGAGCUGGCCAGUGUACGGAUAUUAGCAGCAGGAAAACCUGGCUUGUUGAAAACAACAUCUACUACCCCCGAUGGCGUGUCUACUCAGGCUGAGAGUGAAACGGCCACCUACUUGAGACAGAUGCUGAUGGCUCUGGGGUUCCCCAAACCACCCACAAACAUCACACCGUUUCAGCUGUUCAGUAAGGUGGAGGCCAAGAUUAAAGAGUUGGUGGCCAAGCAUCCAAGUCGGCUGGGCAAGCCGUUGUUGAAGGCGCGGCUGUCUGACAAGCAGUGGGAGCAUGUUCUGAAGGUCAACAUGGCGCUGUGUGAGGAGUACAAGCUAAGAAGGGACAUGCUGAUUAAACGACUUGACGUUACCAUCCAGUCCUUCAAGUGGUCCGACAAAGCAAGGCACAACGAGGACAAGAUAGCCAGAGUAUAUCAGCCCAUUAGAAAACAACUUUCAUCUAAAACGAAUGUCGGAGUGCCCCAGAUCCUGGCAGCAAGAGAUGAUUUAACAAGGAUUCAGAAGACAAGCAGUGGGGAAGCCAGGGAAAAGACCAAAUGUGCAAUAAAUAGAGUCAUGAUAGGACAGGUUCCAGAUCGUGGAGGUCGUACCACAGAGCUAGCACCCCCUCCUCCAGAGAUGCCAGCAUUCAUGCAGAGAUCAGCGGCACCUCAAGGUAAGGCUGCUAGACGUGGCAGAGGAGGUGGUCACAGGGGAGGAAGAGGAGGAGGGGGUGGUGGGCGUGUCCAGGGUGGGUGGGGUGACUCCCACAAUCAGAAUCAAGGAGGAAACUGGGCCCAAGGUGGGGGAGGAUAUGGAGGGUCAAAGGGAGGGUAUAGUCAGGGUGGAGGAGGAAACUACAGUCAGGGUGGAGGAGGAAACUACAGUCAGGGUGGAGGAGGAAACUACAGUCAGGGUGGGGGUGGUUACAACCAGGGUGGUUACAAUCAAGGUGGGGGUGGGGGUUAUCAAGGGGGGUGGAUAUCAAGGUGGGGGUGGAUACCAAGGGGUGGGGGUAGAGGAGGAGGAAGGGGUCGGGGCAGAGGGGGAGGGAGGGGUAGAGGUAGGGGUGGAGGAGGCUACAACUGAAUAUACAUUUGUCACAUAUGAUGCAUAGUUCAUGAAUAAUGCUGUCUUUGCAAUACAAUUACAUAACUAUUAGAAAGGGCAUUACAGUCGUCUCCCCUUGGUUGUUAUUAAGAACUUUGUUUUGUGUAUGUCCAAUAUACAACAGGCAUCUAUUGUUCUGAUCAUUUUGGUUGUUACGAAGAAUUAGUGAAUUAGGUUGUUGAGUUUUCAGCUGUUGAAUGCAACGUGCUGUUUUUGAGAUAUCACAGAUUAUUCUUGUCGGUGAGUGGACAAUAUCUAAGCAUUAAGGUAGAUGGUUCAUUACGGAUAAGUUUAUAAACUUUCUCAACAGCAAGGAACACCUUGUGCCAAAUAAUAAAGUGAGGUAACACUUUAUGUGUCAUACCCAAGUAAUUCAGAAUAGAAGUAGUUGGUUUGUGCCUCAUGAUUGUUGUAUAAACUUACUGCUAACUGCUCCAUGUGUGAAUUGUUCCACUUAAUGUUUUUUUCUGUUUGUUGCUAUGGUGCGACAGCAAUUUUAUAGCAAAAUAAAUCUAUUUAUAUGAA